AUGUUGCAUUUUAAUUUCUCGCUAACAACUUGGAGACAAAUACUUGAUCUGAUUUUAUCUUAUCCUGUUCAGAACGUCCACUUACGUUUUGUUAUCUUAUGGUGUACCAAGGCACUAUCAAAUCUACCGCGAAUGUUGAAUAGUAAUGAUUUUCUUCCAAUUCUCAGCAUUUUCUUAACUCAUUUGCAAUUCAGUCUCCAAUAGCAUGUAAUUGUACUAACAUCCUUUUUCUUCUCUUUUUAAUUUUUUAACUUCAUAUUUGGCCGACAUACACUACCCACUGAUCAAAUCAAUUAGGGAUCUAAUCCCUACAUCUGGAUUGACUAUAGAAAAGUCAAAUGAGGAUCUAAUCCCUAGAAUGAGGUCAACCAAGAAUCCAACUCCACAUAAAUGAGUCAACUAAAAUGAUUCAAAUUGAACAUUCUCAAUUUGUGGACCUUGGUCAACACUCUACUCUUAUCAUUCCAUUGUUCUCUUUAGCUAGCAGCAUUUGGCAUGUAUGUACUCACUAAUAAUACAAAAUUAUGAUAAAAAUAUGCAUGAUAUGGUGCAAGUUAGUACAAAGGCAUGUGGUUAUGCUUUGGACUCUAUUGAAUGUCAAAGAAAAUAGAUAUCAUGUUGGGUAAUAUAGAUGAUGAUUUCCGAUUCACUGUUUUCUUUCUUACUUCGUGGUGAUUGGAAUAAAUUUGAAUUGCUUUUUUCAGGCAUAUGCUGUAGAAGUUUCUCCUACAAAAUAUCAAGCUUCUGCAACGUCGCUUGUAAGAGAUCUUACUGACUUUCACAAUAAUUAUGUAUAACUUGCUUCAUCAAAGUGAAUUUGUUUUUAUGUUUUGUGAUACUUGUAUUAAAAAACUUGUCACCUUGUUUAGCAUCGUGCAUGAUGGUAAUUUCCGUUGGGCAUCCUCAAUGUGGAACUUAGAACACCUUUUAGAAUGCAUCUUUCACAGUGCAUAUUACAUUAGGUCGGGAAGUGUAAUCCUUAUGCAGUUAUGGAUAUCCGUUUACCCAGUUAGCUUAGGUAAUAAUGUUGUCGACUUAGGUUUUAACACAACUUUGGGGUUGAAAUGCUUGGGAUAAUAAGGCUGCAGAUGUCCUCCAUAAACGUACAAGAUAAAUCUCGUAUUAUGAAAUAACAUCAAAUGGAGACACCCCCAAAAUUUCGCAAGGAUUCUUGGUGAGGAAUAAAUUGAAUGGCUUUAAGUUUUUUUGGCCUACUUGUAGAAAUAUCAGUGCCGGUAGAAGAGGCAGACACACAGAUGGAAUUGGAAAAGAUGAAAAUUUGCUCUCUGGCCCACCGACAAGCAUCAUGGCAGAUGGUGGCAUCACAGUAGAUAACUCCAUACAUCCCCACAAAGUGUGUGAAUUUGGUUGCUGACAAUUUUCCCAGAAGGCUACCCGCAUUUGGUCUUCUCAUUCUCUGUAUGUACAGUGGCUGGAAUACUCCUGCAGCUUAUGUGGACAGGACAGGGACAUCCCAUUUCUCCAUCUAGGAAAGUAACUCUUAUUCUUAAAUUUUUCAGCAAUAUGCCAUUGCAUUGUGUGAAACUGAAAGGUUAAGAACUUCACUUACCUUUUUGUGUUGUGGACUGUAUCCAGUUUUGUAGUGGUGUGGAAUUUUUUCCCGUUAAUUUAAUUUAAUUCCUAUUGUUUUGUAUGAUUAACUUUUUUGCUGAAUGGCCCUGGUCUAUUUAACAAUUUACUUCAUUCAGGUUGCUACUGCGUGGGGCAUAGGACUGAUUAUUGGCCCUGCAAUUGGAGGUUACCUUGCACAGGUACGUAUACUGCCCAUUGACGUUCUUGUGCAUGGUUUCUGUUCAGUAAGUUUUCAUACCGAGAAAUAACCACUUCUGGGCUGGUAGUUUUUAUUGUUCUCUUGCUCUCCAAGAGACAAUACUGAAAACUGACGAGAAACUCUUUCAUGUCAAAAGUUAUAUACCAUUAUGUUGAGAUUGAAGAUUUUCGUAGGUUGUAAAGAGGAUCAGUGGAGCAGUAUCUUCCUCCCAGAUACCCUAGGUGGACCUAUAGAGGACACUUCUAUUGUAGGCCCAAGGGUGGGCCCAGUGGGUAUAGUUCAAAUUCCUUACUAGAUUUAUCUACUUCAAGGCCAAGAAAGUGCUUAACGUUACCAAGAUCUUUGACUUCAAAUCCCUUUGCAAGCUUUGUCUUUAAUAGUUUAAUGUCUACAUAAAUUUGUAAUCACCUCGUAUCAUUAUCAUAAACCAUUGAGUUAAAAAACCUUUCAUCCUUGCCACUUUGUAAAUAAGGUAUGAUCAGCAUUGCAAUGUUCAUAGUCAAAAGUGAUCACUACGUUUUUCAAGUCCAUUAAAUCAGGCUUACGAAGAUUGCUUUAAUUCAUAUAGAGCAUCCUUAAAACUGCAUAUUUAUUCUGAAAUAGUGUAACCAGGUGUGGAAGUACAUACAACUUUCUCUUGAGAGUCUCUAUAUAUAAACGCAUUUUUCGCAUCAAGUUAGUAGAGCUCCGAUCUUCUGUUAUCUUUAUGAGUCCUCAAAUUAAACAUGGCCAGGAAAAAAGGCUUACCAGAAAGGGCAGUGAAAAAAUAGUAACAUAAAAUACGACUUCCUUCAAAGUUUCUGAUAUCUCUAAAUAAAAAUUUGAAGAAAAGAUAUUUUGAAAGGAGGUAUAUUUAGUAAUAUAUCUCUGAAGAUAUCUCGUGGUAUUCGUCACCAUAUUAGCCUUAUUUAUUGCCGGAUAAUCCCAACAGAGAAUAAAAAUAGAAGACAUUUUUUUCUAUGUUUUGACUAUCUGAUAAGUCAUCUGCGUUUAGAGAAAGACUUGGGAUGAUGUAUGUUGAAAUCUUGAUAAAGGUGAUUAGUAAUUAUAUCAUCCAGCUGAAUUUUCCUUGACGUCUUUUCUCUCUGUGAUAAAAUGGGAAUUUGUUGUAUUUAAGCGUUUUUUGAUUAUUUAUUCGAUGUAUUUAACUUAUUUCUUUAAUUUCAUCUGUGCAUUUUCGACAGCCUGCGGACAAGUUUCCGAAUGUAUUUUCUAAAGAAUCUAUUUUUGGAAGGUGAGAUUUUCUGUGCGUUUUUAUUCUAUUUCUUGAUAAAUGACUUGUUCCUAUACUAAAUGGUGGCGUUCUUGUUGUGUAGGUUUCCAUAUUUAUUGCCUUGCCUCUGUAUAUCCCUCGUUGCAGUUGGUGUAUUGGUUGCCUGCAUUUGGCUCCCUGUAAGUUAGAAUUUUCGUAUACAUAUCGCUCGUUCUGGUAAUUUGAUCAAUAUUUAUUUUCUUUACUGUAUGCAUCACAUAUUUAAUGUGAUGGAAAAACGUCAGCGUCUCUAAACCAAUUGUGAUAAAUUUGUUCCAUUUAUCAUGAUGUAGCUAGAUCGUUUGGCCUUUCCUUGAAAGGUGUUUGAUUGAGUGACUGGUGUUGACUAUAUCACAGCUUUCAUGUCUGGUGGUCACAUUUAAUUUCAUGUUUAGCUUGAAUGUAAAACAUAGGAAAUGGACGAUAUUUCACGGGACCUUUCAUGGCCUUACGUCCGGUUAGAUAUUCUUGUAUAUGUUUAGUUAGAUUUAUAUCCCUGUAUAUGCUGCCUAAUAAUUACACCCUACAAUUUUUCCCGCUAACUUGAGUCUCUAGAAAUUUCAUACGUGAGGAUUUAGAACUCUCGUCACAAGAAAAGGACGAGUGUAGUCCUAAGUAAAAAGGACAUUUAUUCUCGUAUCAGAGGCAUCUCUUUUGAUCUCUCUCCUCUCUCUCUCCCAGACCACAAAUAUGCGUAAGGCCAAGUAAACCCAUCUCCCCAGACCGGAUUUUUUUUCCACUUAAAUAACAUUAAUGGGAGAAAUCAACGUUGAUGCAGUAUUACGAUUAUAUUUCUAUUCUUCUGACAGGAAUUAAGAAAUUAACAACCAGGCUAAAUCUUCAACAACAAGAAAUUUCUAGGGGCUAAAAGCUGACAGGAGAAAUGUAAGAGCUUAUGAAUAAUGGAUUGAGUUUAUUGGGACCUAAAACUAGUUAACCCUAGUUUCUAAUAUUAUUUUUCCUCAUAGAUUUAUCUUCUUUAAAGUUUUGAAUGACAAUAUGUCAACUUAAAUUCCUUAUCUUAAUUUUAUGUCAUUAUGUUUUUGUGAUGAGACGGAUAGUGUCUGGAAUAUUUUUUCCAUUUUAGUAAAUAUAGAUUAGUGGGCAAGUGAUUUUUUUACAUUUCAGUCUUGCUGGAUACUACUACUCUUUCAUUUUCCUUGCAACCGGCAAUGACAUUCUUCUUAUUAUCGUGGUACACCUUUUUGCAGGAAACAUUGCAUACUCACAAAGAAACUAGAGAACAUAUAUCUUAUGAUUCUCUUGAGGUUUCUGAAGAUGGAUCUUCUUUCAAAAUGAAGGAUGAACAGAGGGAAAUGAAAAAAUAUCCAUCUGAAGAAAAUCUUUUUAAGAAUUGGCCUUUGAUGUCAUCCAUUGCCGUUUAUUGUAUUUUCUCCUUUCAUGAUAUGGCUUACUCUGAGGUACCUCUCACCGCCCUCCCACACACCCACACACCCACACACACACACAUACACAUACACAUACACACAGAGUAACUUGCAUAUUGUUCAUAAUGAUGAAGCUGUAGUUUGUCCAUGUGAACAGUAUGGUGAUGAUAGAUUUUUGUUUAUUAACCGUAUGAUUCUUACGUGAAGUCAUUAAUUUUGUAGAUUUUCUCCCUUUGGGCUGAAAGUGAUAGAAAAUAUGGAGGUCUGAGCUUUUCCACGAAGGAUGUUGGCCAAGUGCUUGCAGUAUCAGGUAUACUUGGUCUCAGGAUAAUGAUAAUGUUGGAUUUUUACUCAUAUUGGGAAAGCUAAAAUCAUACAUUGGGAACAUACGACCCAUUUCCUCACUCAGUUAACAGCUUUUUUUAAAAUUUCCGGUAAUGAUAUGCUUUUCACCUCCUCCUCGGUCAAUAUGACUACUAGAAAGCCAUUAUGUGAUUCUGCUACUCAAACUUCUGUUAUGCUAUAUGUUUGGAAUUGGUGAAAAGAAUUCGUGGGAAUAAAUUAUGUUAUUUUAUUGAUCUAGGCAUUUCAUUUUCUUUGCGAUUAUUUCGGGAUGUUCACUUUGCAUAUUUGAAGUAUGGACGAAAUAUUAAUUAUUGGCCUGUAGUACUGGGUAGGUAUUUAUAUUUUGGGUAUCCAGCUAAAGACUAAUUGGGUUUCAGUUGACACUUGCAGUGCCAUCUUACUCUCUUGCCUACCUGUUCAGGCACAUGACAUUCUCCUAAUUACUGGAGUACUCCCACAUCAGUACUUUCAAGUAGUAAGGAAAUGUUACACGCAAUAAAUCACUCAAUAGGGUUCUUUUAUGUUGGAUGCGCCAUAAUGAUACUAUUUAAUUAAUGCAUGCUGAACAAUCAUUGAAAGGCCUAUAUAGCUGGACAUUAUAGCCUUUGUCCCAUGACUUGAGGCUAGCAGGUACAAAGUGAAGGGCAGGAACAGAUGCUCCGUAGAAACUGACGCUCUCUCCUAGUAGAUGCUCCAGAGAUGUUCAAGGAUGUUGUCGCGAAUGUUCAUUGCUUUUAAAUAGAUCGGGCAUUUGACAUUGUGUUUCAGAAGGAUGUUUUAAUAUGGUAUCAAAACCUAUGUUCCUUUGCCUGUUUUGUGGCUCAAAGACCCACACAUCAUUUCUUGAGUUCCACAGGUGCAUGCGUCAAGUUAUCUCCCACCUAAGGACUAGUUUGGAGAAGAUAAGUAGACAUAGUAUUGUUUUUAUAUGUAGACGGAAAUUUUAUUCAAAUUGUACUUGAUCGCAACUUUCUGCUCAGCGUUGACUUGUUCCACUAUAUAUUUUAAGAGACCUAAAAAUAUACCUGUAGAUUUAAAAUAUUUCAGUGUAACUUAACUCGGACUAUCCUGAUGCACAUUGAGCAUUGAAACUAUAAAUAUACUACAUGUCAGUCAGACUGUGUAGCAUCCAGUCAAAUAUGAGACUGUUUACCACAGCUUUUUAUCAUUCGGUUAUGAGUCUUUGAAUUCCCAGUUUAUAAAGCAAAAUUCAUGGUCUAGAUAAAGUCAUUUUUGAAUGCCGACUUUCUCAUUAAUAAUCCAUGUCCCUGUGUAAGUGAAUUUUUCUGGAACAUGGACUGACUGAGUUUUUUUCUCAGGCUUUAGUCUUCUUGUCUUCCAACUAUCUUUGUACUCUCCCCUUGAAAGACUGCUUGGUCCUGUUGUUUCAUCUCAAAUUGCAGGGGUAUGAAUUAUACAGUUUCUUGUUAUUUAUUUUUUGGGCUCCAUCUCACUAUAGGCUCUCACUACAGGUUCUGGCAAUCCCACUCCUAUCUAGUUAUCCUCUUUUUGCAAUGCUAUCUGGUGUUGAACUUUUCAUGGUUGUGAAUUUCGCAUCUUCGUUGAAGAACAUUUUGGCUGUGAGUUCAGCUCAACUUUGGUUCCCUUCUCUUUUCUAGUGCAAUAGGUGAAAUCAUUUCAUCACUUUUUCUUUUUACGUACAAUACUCAUGAUGAAGAUUUAACAUAUAAUCAAGGAGGGAAAAAUGGAAAUAGUUUAGUGAGUAGAGAACAUGAGUACAUUAUGAUUUCUUUUUAGUAGAAUGGCAUGUAGAGAUUGCUUUGUAGAGUAAAGGAGUUUCAUAUUUUGAUCAAAAAAGGAAUAUCUUGUAAUCAUGUGUCCCUCUGUUAUGUUGAAGUUCCCACAAUGAGCAACAAGUUCAACAUGUUUUAGCUGUUGAGUUGGUCCAUUUGGUAUGAUCUGAAUUUUUAUUUCAUUUUUUACAAGAUCGAAAAUUUCUACGUCAUCUAUAUGUUAAGGUUGUUAGUUUGAUUGAAUCCUUCGUGUGAAGGGUUUCUUCAGCCUCCAGGAAAAGGUACAGGAGAGAUGUGUGAUAAUCCCCAAGGGAUGGUCAGAAGCUGAAUCUAAGAUUUUGAAACCUGAACUAAAGUCAAACAUUUUGGAGCACUAGUUUGCAUAAAUCAUCAAGAAUGCUUCGUAGUUUUCUUCCAUGUGACACUUGAAUUGAGUAGUAAGGCUUCAAUUUUCCGAGAAUGGUGAAAAAUUAGUGAGAAAGUGGAUUCAGAAAUUAUGCAAUAAGGCAUAAAAUAUCCGUGGAUAGGCAUAACCGAUACGAUUAAUUGAGCAAAUGUACAUCGAAUCUAAUGAGAUGAUUGCAGUCGAAAAAUCAUAUAAACGUAAACUCUGUCCUCACCUCUCUUCCAUAUUUAACAUCCUAUAUGCUGUGUGAUCUUUUGUGAGAGUUGGCAUUUCUUGAGGUUUAAACUUCUCAUUAGGCUGUAUUUUCAAUUUCGAUCAGAUGAUCAUCAAUACUGGAAUGAUCUUGCUUCAAAACAACGCUGUGGUAAUUUUCUAUCCUCAUAUGUUAUAAUUUACCAUUUUUUUGAGUUCACUCAAUCCAAAACUCCCACUUAAAAAACUUUCAAGACCAAAUAUUUGAUUCUGUUCGCCCGACAUCAGGACCAACACCAAAGGGGAGCUGCGAAUGGCAUAGCUAUGACUUUGAUGUCUCUCUUCAAAGCUGCAGCCCCAGCAGUAGGUGGUGCAUUGUGAGUGUCUUAACUAUUCUUUCGACUAUUGGUAUAUCUCUUCUAUAAUAUAAUACGACCAAAGUUCAAUAGAUGUGACCUUCAGUGCUUCUUUGCUAUCUUUCUAGGAAGUACUCUCUAGGUAGAAAUUUUUGAAUCAGAAGAAUAGUUUGAUCCAAACCCCUUCUUUCCUCUCAAAUGACAAAGGGAAAACAAGCAAUGUAUUCUAGGAAAGUAGGGAAAACAAUGGACAGGUGGGAAUUAAUUCAAGAGAAUUUCCCUCUCUCCUUUCCUCUCGUGUCACUUCUACCACAAUACCCCCUCUUAUUCAUAGGGGAGGGUAUUUAUAUUGUACAGCCCAUUCCUAUCCUAGUGUUUACUAUAGAAGCUUCUAGGCUGUUCUCUUAUCACAAACAUUCAAAUCUAUGUUCUCCUCAAGGUGGAAGUCAGGAAAUAUAUGUAUGAUCUUUGAAACUACUUUUCAUGUCGCUUAAAAUUUGGAAGAUGUACUCGUUUGAUAAAGAUCUUGGGUCCUGUUGUUGUAGGUCGAAUGUCUUAGCAGGACUCUAGUACAAGUCUCUAUUCGAGCUCUUGUGUUAAAUUUGAAGGAAAGGGUUGUACACGAUCUUGAAGUCCUAUCCCCCCCCCCCCUGUGUAGUUGUAAUGCAUGAAACACUAGGUGAAUAGAAUGAGUGGAUCGGAAUGUUCAAUCAAUAGGCUGAUUGGCCGACACAAUGGAGGGCCUUAUAGGGUCCAAAAUAUCGUGGUGCCAAUUUUUCAUUUGGUUCUUUGGCCAGAGAUUUCAUCUUGAAUGGUUAAAGACGAAGGUAGACAAAGUCCCCUUCCAUAAAUUGAACAUUUAAUCUCCUUUUAUCAGCCUUCUAUUUCAUAAUGGUUUGAUGAGAGUGAGCAUUUGAUCUUUAUCCUUUAAUUGUUGAUCUACUAUAGAAUGAGGUAAGGGCAGAAUAUCAUAUUUGAUGAUGGUGGGGGGAUCUCAUUCAUAAACCACAUUGAAUGGGGUUGUCUUGAGAGACGAAUGGAAAGUAAUGUUGUAGCAAUACUAAGCCCAAUGCAACCAUUUACUCCAUCAAUUGGGUUUAUUGGAUGCAAAACAUCUUAAGUAAGUUCUCAAGUACCUAUUUCAUGACCUUCUAUUGCCUAUUGAUUGAGGGUAGUAUGUGGUACUCAUUUUUAAUUCAACACCUUGUAGUUUGAAUAGUUCCUUCCAAAAAUUAUUGGUAACAUGCUUGUUGCAAUCUAAGAUAAUUGAUCUUGGAAUCCCAUGAAGUCGUACCACUUAGAAAAGAUGAGUGCAACUUUAAGAGUUGAAAAUAGAUGUUUAAGUGGAAUAAAGUGACUGUACUUGCUCAAUAUGUCUACAACAACCAAUAUGAAAUAAAACCCCUUUGAUCAAGAUAAUCCUUCCAAGAAAUCUAUAGUUAAGUCCUCUCAAAUGUGUGCAGGCACUAAAGGAGGCCUAUAAGAACAAGUGAAGAUGUAUUGUAUUUUUGACAUGUUGCCUCAAGAUAUAGUCAACUCUAACCCUCAUUUAUAGGGAGUAACAAAAUACAUAUUUUCUUGCAAAAACACCCUCAAUUAAGUAUACUAUUUCCCUAUGACCUAGAACUUCCAACAUUCCCUCUUAAGAUGAACUUUGAAAAAGAUCUUCUUAACUAAGUUGGUGAUGAAGAAAAUCCAUUGUGAUAGCAACUCUUCCUUUGAUGGUAGUCAAAGAUGAUUGCCACUGAAGUUGUGGAUUCACUUACACCUUUGGCUCAUCUGAUGCUUCUCAAGGACUGCUCACCAUGGAUAUGAUAGCACCAAACACCUUUGACUUGAUCAUGAUGCUCGUUAUGUCCCAAGGCUGCAGAGCCUGCCUGGGAGCCAUGAAGUAGUUGACAGAGUGGCAAGAUCUGCAUAGUGCCAAGAUCUGAUGCAAAGGCUCUCAACUAUGACGAUUGAUGUGAUGAUGGGGCUCAGCUCUCAGGAGAGGUGUAGGCCAGCACCCCUCCCACUGAUCAAGUAAUGAACUUGUGGAAGAACUGGAAGGUGAAGGCCAUUUCGACGAAGGCAGAGGGUGAGCAGACAGCACCAGACAACAUGAACUGUAGCAACAUGGACUGUGAAGAACUUUGGCUGUCAGACUAGCGAAGACAAAGAAUUGAUGCAGAACAAAGGGAGAUGGACUGAGGAGGAUGAGUACGACACUGGACUGAGAUAAGCGUAGAUUAGAGAGGCUGAUUUUACCUCUCUCAAGAACGCUGAUGAAGAUGGAAACAAUGGUAAUGAAUCUAGUUAUUUCAACCUCUAGACAGAAGGCUUGAUGCAGACAGAAAUGACACCAAUGAACUUGAAGAUGUUGUUGACGAACCGGCUGCUGAUGAACUCAGAUAUAUUAUCAGAUGACAGAUGGAUGAAGUGCUCUGAUACCAUUUUGAAAUGAAGAAAUAAAACCUCGCCUCAAAAUUCAUUCAACUCUGAGUAAUAAUAAAAGGAGUGAUAAUACAUAUUUGAAAAUACCCUCAACUAAUUACGCUAUUUCCCUGUGAUCUAGAACUUCGAAUAAUAUUGUUCAUCCUAUUUUUGUCCCAGUGUUUACUAUAGAAGCUUCUAGAUUGUUCUCUUAUAAUGAACAUGUCUUUAGGGAUAUCAUAUCAUAGUUGAGAGGCACAAUAUGGAAAGAGGGCAUUGUUGACGUAGAAAUUAAUAAAUUUAGUAAGCUAUUUUAUUUCUUUGAUAACAGAGUAUGUCCCUCUCCCAUUCCUACUCAUUUAUGUAUUAACCUGGGGAUAAGUUUUAUUCUCUUCAUAUUAAAGAACGCAUUCUUUUUUGCCGUGCUGGUCGCAGUCCCAAAUAAGAUUACUUUAUUUGGGAGGACUCAUGAAUUUUCUUGGUUGAGUGAUUUAUCCUUUGCGCUGGUGAUGCUAUUCAGGAUAAAAACAUUGUGAUUUCAGAGUUAUUUAUCGAAAAAUUAAUAGGAAUGCUAAUUUGAUUACCCAAAAUCACAAAAAAAAGGAAUUACGCUGAUGGUUUGAUUCAGUCCUAAAUUUGCUUGUAUGCAGACUUUCUUGGGCCCAGAAACGUCAGACUGCUUCGUUUCUUCCAGGUAAUGGUCCAGAAAUUUCCUUCAAAUCAACAUAUAAAAUGUGCUUAUAUAUAUAUAUUCGACUUCACAAUUGAUGUUAUCUAACUAGAAGUCGGCUGAUUAUCUGAGCAUUCACUGUGUUCAUAGUUGAGCUGCUGGGUCCUUAUAGCUAUCUCGAAUCAUGGUAUCAACGCGAGCCUCAUCUUUCUGUCAUGCAGGUGAUCAGGUGGUCUUCUUUGCACUGAACGUAGUUGAGCUUCUUGGCAUUCUCUUGACUUUCAGAGCGUUCCUAACUCUAAGAAACCAGCCUCCUUCUACGUAG